UUUCUUAUCUGUCUGUAAUGCUAUUAUAAAUUUUAUUCGAAAAUGGUUUUUUUAGUACAUAAAUUCUCAAGAUUCUAGAAAUAUUUGUCUAGAUGGAGUUUAAUAGUUUAAUAUUACCUAUAACAAAGAAUAUCUGUCGAACUUGUCUCGGGGAAUUAAUAGAUACAGAUACAAACAUGUUCAUGAACAUACAAGAUUUGAUUGAACAUGAUAUGAUUAAGGUUAAGCUGAUAGAUAUUUUAGUAUUCCUUAAUUGCCUAGAGAAUAAUGAUGAAGAAAACUGGCCGCAAGGAAUGUGUGCAUCUUGUGUUUCAACUGCUUUACAUGCUUACAACUUUAAGAUAAACUGUUUAAAAGCUAAUACGACCCUUACACAAUUACUUAGUAUCCAGUCAUCUAGUUUACAAAGAUCUGAUAUUGAUUCCAUUGACAUUAAUGUGGUAUAUCAAGAUCAUGAGUAUGAUACACCACUUUUUAGCAGUCAUGCUACAUUAGAUUUUGAGCCUACACUCAAUACAAGUAAAGAAUUGACACCUCUGCCACCCGUAACUGAAAUUACAGCAACGGAACACCCACCAAGAAAGGAAGGGGAAAAGAGAUACAUUUGUAACAUAUGCUCUAAGUCUUUCACUAGAAUAUAUGGAUUACGUUACCAUAUGACUAAACACAAUAACAUUCGUAAAUAUUUAUGCUCCAAAUGUGGCAAAAGAUUUCAUACUUCUAAUGGUCUAAAGCAACAUUCUAUUUCACAUAAAGAUGUCGCCCAAUUUAAAUGUGGAUUUUGUAAUAAAACUUAUAAAUCACGUCAAUCACUGAAGGAACAUUUCCGUGUAGCACAUUCAAGCAACCGUAAACUGUUUGUGUGUGUAACAUGUGGAAAGAGUUUCACAGCAAAAUCAACUUUAAUGAUGCAUAUUAAGAGCCAUAAUGGAGAAAAACAGUUUGCUUGUUCUUAUUGUCCAAAAACAUAUACGAGGGCAUCAUAUUUGAGAGCACAUAGUUUAAUUCAUACUGGCCAAGAGAGGCCAAAGCCCUUUUCAUGUCAAGAGAGUGGCUGUGAAAGGAGAUUUUCAACUAAGCAUUCUCUGCAAGUGCAUAUUGCUCAUACACAUAGCACUGAGAGACCUCAUAAAUGUAAUAUAUGUUUUAAAGGUUUUGCUACCAUAUAUGGUUUAAAGGUACACAGAGACUCACAUACUAAUAAGGAGUUAAGUUGUAAUCGGUGUGAUAAGAAGUUUGCUAGCAAGAGAAUAUUACAGAAGCACAAUAAGGGACAUGAUGUAGAUACAGAUGACAUGAUAUUGGAAACAGUUGUGGAUGAUGUUUUCUUUGAUUAAUGUAAUUUCCUUAAAAUGUUAGACUAUAUUUUUAGAUGCUACUUGAUUUUUGAGACAUGAUUGCUAAUAAUUACAUUUGUACUCUGAAGCCCACCAUGUUAAAGUGAGAAUUAAAAAAUAAGAUAAUGUAUCUAUUAUGUUAUUAUUUCCAGAUAUAACCCUAGAAAAAAAUAAUAGUAUCCUAACAUUAAUUGAUUAUGAUUGUUAAGUUCAAAAUGCACACAACAUUAAGGUGUACUUUUUAUCAGAAAUCAGAUAUAUGAUUCUUAGUCAUUGAUCCAAACAUGGAUAAUUCACACACCAUCAUGUACAAGCUGAUGUUGUUAGAGACUGUCCUAGAGAAAAACUUUUUGUAAAUUCCACAAUGGGGUUAGACUUACAAGGUGUACAAACACAAUAUAGAAUACUUAUGAAACUUCUAUUUAUAUAAUACAUAUGUUAAUAAAUGUUCAACCAUCCUUCUCAAACUACUAAUGGUAAUGAUUUUUAACUUUAUUGUAAG